UUUGUCUCAGGGCUAUUCCUGGUCAUCUUCAAAUUCCUGUUUCAGAUUCAGCGGCCUCUCGAUUUAACAAUUGUUCUACUGACCGCAUUACCUGCCGGAUCUGGUAGUCUGUACACCUGUCUCCUCCCAUUCCUUCAAGUCGGCAUUGGCAUCUGUGCUUGAUCAAAGACGAUCUCGCUCAUAUCCUCCUCGCCUAUCAAAUUACCCCAGCUUGUUCUCCGCGCCCGCCUGGACGCCCCUGCGACGGCCAUUGUCCAGCGACUGCGAGUCCUGCCUUCAUCUCUGGCCGCCUAUACACGAACCUGGCCUCUACAUCAUGGCGACAGAGAAUGCUCCUGCGCAAAGCAGGCCGAAGGUGCCUGGUUUCACAGACUCCUUCUGGUCUUCUGACUAUGCCGGUGGUUUAGGGGUGCUGUUCCAGAAACUCCAACAAGGUAUUGUCGAAAAUAACCAGAUCUUGACAAUUGCCAGUAUGCGGGCCGAUGCCGAAGAAUUGUAUAGUGAUCGCCUGGGAGACAUUGCGCCCUCCGUGGACCGAAUGACGGGCGGCUUUGCACGGGAUGACGGCGCAAGUACUCGCAAGGCAUACGAAGGCGUCCGCAGCGAAAUGGUAGAAGCCACGAAGAAUCACAAGAAGAUCGCCGAUAACAUUCGCGAAUUAGUAGUCAACCCUUUCUCCAGAUGGUGCGAUGCGCAUGCAACGAGGAUAUCAAGUUCGCAGGAAGACCUGCAAUCCAAGAUCAAGGCGCAUGACCGACAAGCAGAUCAAGUCAAGAAAUUGCGGAGUCAAUAUUACAAUAAGUGCAGACUGGUGGAAGAUCUGGAAGAGGAGAACAAGUUGGCUUUUCAGGACAGACCAAAUGGAAGUCCCAAAGCACAAAGCCCGCCUCCACCGAAGAUUGUCCUACCAGAAGAUGAACUCGAAGAAUUACCCGUGGAGAUUGGAGACCAGACAUACAAUCCCAAUCAACUGAAGAUGCUGCUCACAGAUAUGCUUGAAAGGAUCCCUCUGGGCGAAUACAAGGUCCCCAUAUUGGGUACAUAUCAAAACGUCUCCACUGGCACGGACAUCGUCGACUACAUACAAAAGCACAUGCAGGCGUCAAGCGUAGGCUACGCUGAGAAGAUUGGUCAGGACUUGGUGGAUCGAGGAUUUUUGCGCUUGCUUGGAAAUGUGGGUAAUACAUUUGCCAACAGUUCGAGGAUGAGAUAUCAGUGGAAGCCCCGAGUGUUCCAGAUAACUGGCGUACCGGAGAAGAAGAAGCCGUUGAGCAGGUCAAUAACAGGCUCUUCGCAGGAUGCCAUCCUGGAGUCGCCGACCAUCGGCAAUAUUACGGAGGCUUUACAGGGCUGGAAUCCGUUGAAUAAUCCCCGCCCGAAUGAAACACCUGCCGAGCGUCUGAAGCGCGAAGCCAAAGAAGCAGAUGAGAAGUACAAGGCCGCAGUCCGAAAACUUGACCUGCUCAGAUGCAAUCUGGAAGAGUCCAUGAUGGAUCAUAUGAAGUUUCUCGAGCGAUGCGAGACCGACCGAUUGAAGGCCAUCAAAUCUGUAAUUCUUGACUUCUCCGGGGCCAUCAGCAACAGCAUUCCUUCGUUCCAAAGUCAAGUGGACCAUAUGAUGCUCUACCAGGAGACGAUUCAACCCCUUGGAGACUUGCGGUAUCUGCUCGAGAAUUACAGGACUGGAGCUUUUGUGCCCAAAGUCACGCCGUAUGAGAAUUACUACGGCAGCGUGGAAGAUCAAACUUUCGGCGUCGACCUGGAAGCGAGAGCAAGAGCGGACAGAAAACGAGUACCCAUGAUCGUAACUUCGAUCUUGACUUUCCUAGAUAGUCACUAUCCGGAUUUGGAGGGCGACGAAGCAAGGAGAAAUGUGUGGCUUGUGGAUGUUCCUUUGGCAGCAACGCAUCAUCUGAGAAACCAGAUCAACAAUGGAGCGCCAGUACCGAGAGAACUGCUUGAGAAGUAUGAGGUACCGAUUGUUGCAAGCGUUUUGAAGCUGUAUCUCCUUGAGCUGCCUGAUUCCCUGGUCUCCUCACAAGUCUACGAAAUCAUCAAAACAAUAUAUGCUACAACUUCUGACGCAGUGCCAAACCCGAUCUCGACCGAGUCCAUGGAUGCUACGCCUAGAAUCAAGGUCUUGCAGUCAACCUUGGGGCAGCUUCGACUCAACAACAUUGCCACGCUCGAUGCAAUCGCAACCCACUUCACAAGACUUAUUGAUCUUACUUCUGCUGAUGAAGCUUACGUGACCGCCCUGGCCCAAUCCCUAGCACCUUGUAUACUACGCCCACGGACGGAAAGUUCUCUCACCCUGGAAGAACGACACGCAUAUCGACUAAUCCGAGAUUUAUUUGAGCACAAGGAGUCAAUCUUUGGCGAACUCAAGCGCCAAUCCUCCACGAGCGUGUCAACCCGUCAACGAGCGGUUAGCACCAACGACGAACGAUCGAGGAGAGCGAACAUGGAAGAACGAGCACGAGCCAUCACCGAACAAAGACAGCGAGAUAAGAGUCCAGGACCAGCGAACCGGCACAGACGGGACAAGAGUACCGAUGGCAGCAUGGGACGGUUUCCUGUCGUUGCAAGUCCGAGACUCGAUCAUGGAAGAAGCGUGAGCGGAGUUGGCCUGCCUUCCAAGAGGACGAGCUUGGAAGUACCCGGUAGUACUGAGAAUUCCCCAGUCCAGGCCAGACAUCACAAUCAAUCAACUGUGGAUAGGAACUCUGUUACAAGUGUUCAGCCAUUGAGCUCAGCGAUGAAUGGUCAGGGACAGGGAGAAACUACGCCUGAGGUUAUGAACCUGCCGAGCACGUUUAGCGGUGGUGGGCCUGGACCCCAUAUUCCACCGCCACUGGAUGAUGAUGAUCAAGAAUCGGAUUCCGCGUCGGGACCGGCGCAGCCGCCACCCCAACAUGAACAGGAUGGGGCUUCAAGAGUUGGCUCACUAAAGAGGAGUGCCCCCGGGAGCGGAAGGAAACCUGUCGGAGGCGGAGCGGGGAGUUUGAGCAGGAGGACCUAUCAGGCUUAUGAGGGAUCACAGCCGAAUCAGGGAGUGCAGUUGGUGGAUAGGCCGAUGAAUCAUUAUUCAUGAUCACCGAGUAGCGAACUCGUGGUCAGGACUGUCGUCUUUUGAGAAUGAUGCGAUUGAGCCCAGCAUUUCAAGCGCGCAAUGUGUGUAUUUAAUGGCUCGACUGGCAACCAGCAGAAGCGGCCAUGUGUGAGGUGGAAUGUGUAUGAUUAGAUAGGACGAAGGCAUGUCUCAACAUGCAGACUCGCGGAA